GGUCCCAUCCCUAUGGCAACCGCGCGGCCGCUUUUAUCGCCCGUCCACGCGACCGCGGCGCUGGGGCGACGCUUCGUGAUGACGUUUCGGGUGCUGAUUGGGCCUGUCAACAGAGCGAGGGGCUCGUGCGACGGAGACGGCCGGCGCGAGUCAGGAUUUGGACACUGUCUGCCAGUUAACCAGAAUGAAGCUGAGUCUCUCCAAAGUGGUCAGUGGGUGUCGUCUUGGGACACUGACAAAUCUUGGCAAGAAUGGGGUUCAAACUGUGGAGCUUCCAGGCUGCCUACUGUAUACCAAAACAGGAUCCCCACCACACCUCACCCAUGACACAUUGCAGACAAUUAAAGGGGUUCCUGACAUUGUGCAGCUCACGCUUUCAACUCUGGUAGAACUUCAUGAUGUCUUGGAGGAAUUUAAAGAAGGAGUUGGGAAAUUUAUAGGUAUGCCAGAUUCAGUGCUGUACUGCUCUCUCCAUGACCCUGGUACUCCCUGCCCAUUUGGCUACAAUAACAACAAGUCAGUAUCUAUAUGGGGAUACGGAGGACGCGUGGAAAUGACAACUUCCAAGUUUAUGAACAUGCAACGUGCUUUCAAGCCAGACUGGAUUCAGUGUCUCUCAGAUGGAGACACUAUUUCUGGUGAAACCUCCAGAAAGCGGGCCAAGAAAUCUGUGGACAGAUCUCUUUCUUUCCUGGAUGAGUGCAUUCAGCUGCAGGAGAAAUCACCAGAGCUGCAGAGCAGUGUGAUGAUUGGAGUAAUUGAAGGCGGAGAUGUGUUGGAGGAGAGGCUCAGGUCAGCUAGAGAGACUGCCAAGCGACCCGUGGGUGGUUUCCUGCUGGAUGGUUUUCAAGGACUUGCCAUGGCCAAGGAGACCAAGCUGAAACUGAUGGACUCUGUCACAGCAGAGCUGCCGGAGGAUAAACCGAGACUCAUCCAUGGUAUCGGUAAGCCAGACGAAGUACUGGAGUGCAUCGAAAGAGGAGUGGACAUUUUUGAGAGCUUUUUCCCCUACCAAGUGACCGAGCGGGGCUGUGCCCUAUCCUUCAGCUACAAUUACAAUCCUGACCCUGAAGCUACAGUCAUUAAACAAAACGGGAUCCAGGACACAGGAAAAAGUCACACUGAAAAAGACAUAAAUGAAACAUCAAAAGCUGAUCCAGAAAUAACUUCAUUCGAGAUAUUUUUGAAGGAAAAAAGGUACCGGGAUGAUUUUGGUCCUUUGGUACAUGGAUGCACCUGUUACUGCUGUCAGAACCAUAGUCGAGCCUAUGUCCAUCACCUCCUGGUGACCAAUGAGCUGCUGGCUGGCGUCCUGCUCAUGAUGCAUAAUUUUCAACACUACUUCAGCUUCUUCCACUCCAUUCGAGAUGCACUGAGAGACGACAGGUUGGAUCAGCUGAAGGAGCUCAUCUUCAGGCAGGCAUGUGAGACCCAGGAAAUGCAUAGCCAGGCCAGUGAGUGUAGGGGCAGGAGGUAAGAAAAAACUGGUGAUUUUUCACUUCCUACUGAAAAGCUGGAGUGCCUGCAGUGUCUUCCAGAUUUGAAAGGCCAGAAGAUGGAUUUGAACAGGGGACUAACUUGAAAAGACCUUCAAGGACCAGUGCAGCUAUCUUUGUAUUCAUUGAUCAAACAGCAUUUCUGGGGACAACAAAAUUAUUUUGCUUGGGGGUGGAAAGAAAAGGAGACAAAUGCAUCAUGGGAGACUCCCAGCUGCUAUUUUGGGCAGUUGCUUCAACCUCUGUGACUAUAACAGAUGAAUGUCAGUCUAGCUAGGAUUUGUGUCUCUUUAAAGAAAUCCCUGUGGGGGGCAUGGGAAGGGAGAGUCUUCCCGUAUUUGCUUGGGAUGAGGUUCAGCCCCAUCCUAACACCUCUCUUCUCAGGCUACAGCCUGAUGAUGGCUGCAUGGGACACUUUCGAAGCUGUUCAAUCCCAGGCCCUCUUCCUUAUCUCCUUCAUGCUGCUUAGCAGUUCCAGUUCAGGGAGAGAGGGAUUGCAUAAAACUAUCUCCCAUGUCACAAGGCAAAGUACUUGCCACUAAGUCAGCACUCCAAUCCCCUUUGCCAGUCUGGGAUCCUCUAACCUUAGUCUGGACUUGCAUGGUACUUCAGGGAACCAGUCGCAGAGCUGUUCCCCAUCUGUGGCUCUUUAGGCAUUUGAUUUAUAUAAGUGGGUCACCAAUCAGUUGAUUGGAUUGACUGGUUGAUGCUAUGGAGUCUUCCAGUCGAUCAUGAUUGGCUGGCAGGCUGCAUGCCUGCCCCAACCCCACACCGCCAGCUCAGUCCCAAAAGUGGCCAGCAUGGCUCCUGGUGUGGGAAGUGGGGCACUGGCUAAUGGGAGCUGACUGGUGGGUGCCCGCAGAAAGGGACGGCGUGCAGAACCAUGUUCUUUUCUCUAGGACCACAGGAGUGUGUUGGCCCCUUUCGGGAAUGGCAUGGGGCUGUGGGCAGGCAGGGAGCCUGCCUCAGCCUUGCUGUGCUGCCACUGUGCAGCCAUUGGCGGUAAGCACUGCUCAGUGGGAGGCCCCCUCUUAGAGCCAGAGCCAGCACCUGCACCACCUCAUGCACCCCAGCCCUAUGUCACAGUCCAGUGAAAAUGAGGUAGAGGGGAAUGGACUGAGUGGGGUAGGACUUUGGGGAAGAAGCAAGGUAGAUCUUGGGUUGCCCUUAAAAUCAAAAAGAGAUCUUGGGCAUAUAAAAAGGGUUGGAGACCACUGAUCUGUACACUUUCUAGCUAUGUAUUCUGCUUCAGGGUUUUUUUUACUCUUCUUUCUGCCUUUAUGAGCUAGAAUCUCAGGGUAUGUCUACACUAGCCCCCUAGUUCGAACUAGGGAGGCUAAUGAGGGCGACUGAAAUUGCAAAUGAAGUGCGGGA